CCCCCCCCCCCCACGUCUCUCCCUUCCUCCCUCCGUCCCUCCCCUUCUUGUGUGUCCUUAAACCCUGGGAGAGUUGCAGAGACAGCUGAAGCGAUUUCCUCCUCCCUUCCUUGAUCUGACUACGAGAGAUGAGGCUCUUGACGCACAACAUGCUGUCCUGCAACAUCAAGGGGGUAACCAAUGGCUUCCCGCUGAUCAUCGAGGCCGAGAAGGUCCUGGAGAAGCCGGUCGACCUCAACCCGGACUUCCUCCGGAACAUGUUCCACAAGGUCGAGUGGAAGGCCCUCGUCGACGCCGCCAAGUCGCUCGGCUACUCGGAGCUCCCCGAAUCCGUCGAUCCCGCCAUGCUCGAGUCGCCCGAGUUCCUCCACCGGUUCCACCACGCCCUGCUCGAGCUCCACCUCGAGGAGGGCGCACUCGUCUGCCCUGAGACCGGCCGCAAGUUCCCCGUCAACAAGGGCAUCCCCAACAUGCUCCUCCACGAGGACGAGGUGUGAUUGAUUGACUGACUUUGAUAUGACUUUGGGAUUCGCCGUGUGGGGGAUUUUGUGUGGAUUAAUGGAUUUUGUUUGAGAACUCCGAUCCGAUGUAAUUACGUCGAAUUAAUAGAGAUUUCGCGUCUUCUUCAAUCAAUCGUUGAUCAAAUUUCUGUUCCGUUUCAUCGGCAAUAAUCGAUCGAUCAUCGCGUCUGAUCCGUCGAGGAGCCGAAUUCCGAGCUUCCAAGUGCAGCUCUUCGUCAAUAGGAUGAACCUGGUGCUAUCGCGACGCUCUACAUUCGAAUGUACCCAUUGUCAUUGACUCAUUGGUAAUGGUCAUGGAAAUUUCUGAUUUUUGCC